UGCGUCGUGACGUGUGUGAUCUGACGCAAUGCUCUGCUCUGUAGCGGAAGGCGGUCCGUUCCGUUGUAGUGCUCGGGCAACAAACUCCUCAAAGCUCUGACCUUAUGAUAUCUGAGGACAGCACGGCUCUCUGUCUCUGACCCUCUUUAUGAUCGUAAGUUCAAUAAGGAUGCCCGGAUCACUACCUGCAAGUUGUGAGGCCACGUGGCCUAAAGAUGUGGGAAUCAUCGCCUUGGAUGUGUACAUGCCUUCGCAGUACGUGGACCAAGCGGAGCUGGAGGAGUUCGAUGGAGUCGGAGCCGGCAAAUACACGGUGGGCCUGGGACAGUCACGGAUGGGUUUCUGCACGGACCGCGAGGACAUUAACUCUCUGUGCCUGACGGUCGUGCAGCAGCUGAUGGAGAGAAACGGCCUGUCGUACGACAGCGUGGGAAGACUGGAGGUGGGCACGGAGACCAUCAUUGACAAGUCCAAGUCUGUGAAGACAGUCCUGAUGCAGCUGUUUGAAGAAUCGGGUAACACGGACGUGGAGGGAGUGGACACCACUAACGCGUGCUACGGGGGUACCGCCGCUCUCUUCAACGCCGUUAACUGGGUGGAGUCUAGCUCCUGGGACGGUCGCUACGCUCUGGUGGUUGCCGGUGAUAUUGCUGUCUAUGCCACGGGCAGCGCCAGGCCUACAGGGGGCGCUGGAGCCGUGGCCAUGUUAGUGGGACCAAACGCCCCUCUGGCCUUUGAAAGAGGACUUCGUGGGACGCACAUGCAGCACGCGUAUGAUUUUUAUAAGCCAGAUAUGGUGUCCGAGUAUCCGGUGGUGGACGGCAAGCUGUCCAUUCAGUGUUAUCUGGGUGCAUUAGACCGCUGCUAUUCUGUCUACAGGAACAAGAUUCAUGCCCAGUGGCAAAGAGAGGGUCUUGAAACGCGUUUUUGUCUCGAGGACUUUGGCUUCAUGCUGUUUCACUCGCCUUACUGCAAACUGGUCCAGAAGUCUUUGGCUCGUCUGGUGCUGAACGAUUUUCUGUCUCAUCCCAGUCCAAACACACAAAGCGGCCCGUUCAGUGGACUGGAGGCCUUCAGAGAUGUGAAGAUUGAGGACACUUAUUUCGACAGAGAUGUGGAGAAAGCCUUUAUGAAGGCCAGCACAGAGCUGUUUGAGCAGAAAACAAAGGCAUCUCUCCUCAUAUCCAAUCAGAAUGGCAACAUGUACACGCCGUCAGUGUACGGCUGCCUGGCAUCGGUCCUCGCGCAACACACACCGCAUCAGUUGGCCGGUCAGAGAAUCGGUGUGUUUUCUUAUGGCUCAGGAUUCGCUGCUACGCUUUACUCCAUCAGAGUCACGCAAGAUGCUACACCUGGGUCUGCAUUAGAUAAGAUGGUGUCCAGUCUGUGUGACCUGAAGGCCAGGCUGGACUCUAGGAAACAGAUUUCGCCGGCUCUAUUCGCCGACAUCAUGAAAAUCCGAGAAGAAACUCACCAUUUAGCAAACUACGUCCCUCAGGGCUCUGUUGAUGACCUGAUCCCGGGCACAUGGUACCUCACACGGGUGGACGAGAAACAUCGCAGACAGUACGCCAGACGCUCUCUGAACGACGAUGGACCUCUGGAGGCAGGUCUGGUCCAUUCCAGCAUUACAUCAGAGCAUGUUCCCAGCCCGCUAAAGAAGAUACCCCGUAUCCCAACUACCACAGCUGGUACUGAGGUGGUCGUCAUUAGCAACGGGGAUCAUUGAGUUGACCUCUAUGAGGUGCACAUUUUGACAGUUUACGAUAAAGACACACGGUGCGAAAAAAGCAACAAGCUCCCCGGAACCGUCCUUGCCUUAUUUCGAGGCGAAUCAAUGAAUGGUAUUCAUCACAAAGCUUUUUAACUCUUCCAGGAUAGGAUUGGUUUGACUAUCACUGUGUUUUAGCUGACAGAGGCGAUUGCUAUUUUUUUUUGUAUGCGGAGAGGUGUUUCUCAACAGAAAUGUUCCCAUAAACUGUUGCUACGAAUGAUCUAUGCAGAAUCCUGAAUUGUGUCUUUGACUUUCAAAUCUGUUGGCAAUGCACAUGUUUGUUGGCAUGGAACUCAAUCUGAAAUGUAAAACAGAAAGUUUAAGAUUUUCAGGACCAUGAGGGGUGGUUAAAUGGACCCGGGAGCUGUCAGAAUACCUCAGUUUUGCUAUACCUUCUUUUAUCAAACACCUUGGCCAUGUCAGGGAAGUGUGUGCAUGGAUUACAUAUUAAUGAGCCAAACCUUGAAACGUUUUAUAGGUUUUUAUUAAACCGUAAUGAUUGUUCAGUUGCAGCAAAAUCUGACUUGUAUUAGAAAAGAAAUAGCACUUAUGUCAAGCGUAUGAGAAUGAUCUGUUGUUAGUGUUUAAUAACUUGUGUGUUCAGCAGUCACACAGAUUUUAGACAAGUUCUAGUGAAUAAACAAAGAGCCCGGACCACCAUUACAUUGGUAAAUCACAACUAUAUUCACAUGCUUGAUAUGCUGAGAAAUCUUUUGUGAUGUGGUUUAAAAUUAUCAAGUUAUGCUAUUGAUUCUUCCAAACUUCCCCUUUGGACACAGAUUCAUUCUCAGCUGUUGUUCAAUCCAUGGUUUUAUGUCAAGAUCGUAAAAAGGGAGUGUUUUGGGUCCACCUGCAAACCCAACUUAUUCCAAGUAUUUCAAAAGAAAAAUGAAUUCUAAAAACAAUAUACUCAUUUCUAAUCUGCUGCCUAGAAAAAGUGACUGUAUACUUGUAUCCUGAAACCACAUAUGUUUACACAAGGUUUCCCUGAUGUCAGUUAACAAUACCUGUUGUUGGUGAGUACAGCACUAACUUUAAAAUUAUUUAUAUUUUGUGAUAGACAAAAAUUGGUAUGUGAUCGGGUGUAUAUUGUAGAGAAUGACCUGCAUAAAUAGAGCAUCACACACUUGUAUAUGAUUAUCUAACAAAUCUAUAUGAAAUGAAAAUUAAAUGUUCAUGAUUU